GCUGCUGCACUGCUGGCGGUUGCCUGCGCCUCAGAGUUACUGAUCUAUUCUUGAGAAUCCCCUGCUCUCAUCUGUCCUCAUGGAUGAACUUCAGGAUGUUCAACUCACAGAGAUCAAACCGCUUCUAAACGAUAAGACUGGUACACGAAACUUCCAGGACUUUGACUGUCAGGAACAUGACAUAGAAACAACUCAUGGUGUGGUCCAUGUCACCAUCAGAGGCCUACCAAAGGGAAACAGACCAGUUAUUCUGACAUACCAUGACAUUGGCCUCAAUCAUAAAUCCUGUUUCAAUGCAUUCUUUAUUGAAGAUAUGCAAGAGAUCACCCAGCACUUUGCUGUCUGUCACGUGGAUGACCCAGGCCAGCAGGAAGGUGCACCCUCUUUCCCAACAGGGUACCAGUACCCCACAAUGGAUGAGUUGGCUGAAAUGCUGCCUCCUGUUCUUACCCACUUAAGUCUGAAAAGCAUCAUUGGGAUUGGAGUUGGAGCUGGAGCUUACAUCCUCAGCAGAUUUGCACUCAAUCAUCCGGAGCUCGUGGAAGGCCUUGUGCUCAUUAACAUUGACCCUUGUGCUAAAGGCUGGAUUGACUGGGCAGCUUCCAAACUCUCAGGCUUGACAACCAAUGUUGUGGACAUUAUUUUGGCUCAUCACUUUGGUCAGGAAGAGUUGCAGGCCAACUUGGACCUGAUUCAAACCUACAGGCUGCAUAUUGCCCAAGAUAUCAAUCAAGAAAACCUACAGCUCUUCCUGGGUUCUUAUAACGGACGCAGAGACCUAGAGAUUGAAAGACCCUUGCUGGGCCAAAACGAUAACAAAUCGAAGACAUUAAAGUGUUCUACUCUGUUGGUGGUAGGGGACAGUUCACCUGCAGUUGAGGCUGUGGUUGAAUGCAACUCUCGCCUGAACCCUAUAAACACAACUUUGCUAAAGAUGGCAGACUGUGGUGGACUGCCCCAAGUAGUACAGCCUGGAAAGCUCACCGAGGCCUUCAAGUACUUUUUGCAGGGAAUGGGCUACAUACCAUCUGCCAGCAUGACCCGGCUUGCCCGAUCACGAACCCAAUCAACCUCGAGUAGCAUCGGCUCUGGAGAAAGUGCCUUCAGCCGAUCUGUCACCAGCAAUCAGUCAGAUGGAACUCAAGAAUCCUCUGAAUCCCCUGAUGUUGUGGACAGACACCAGACCAUGGAGGUGUCCUGCUAAGCAGAUACUCCUCCCCUGGACCAUGCAAGUCCACCCUCCUUCAGACAACCACUCCAUAAUACAACAUUUCACCCAGCAAA